ACCACAAACCCAAUAAACACUUUUUAAUUUCGCAAGAUUGUUUAUGGUGGUUGUUCGCAUGAAGAUAAAAAUUUGUCGGCUUCACUAAAACUCGAAAUUUAUUAUAUAAAUGUCGCAGUAAAUCGUAUACGAAGGAUAAUUAUUCAAGGAUUGUUCAGAUUAUUCUUACGAUGAUGGAUAUUCGACCGAAUCACACGAUAUACGUGAAUAAUCUCAAUGAAAAAGUGAAAAAAGAAGAGCUGAAGAAAUCAUUGUACGCGAUAUUUUCACAAUUCGGGCAAAUACUCGAUAUCGUAGCGUUGAAAACGUUGAAAAUGCGUGGUCAAGCGUUCGUAAUUUUCAAAGAAAUUAGCAGCGCAACUACGGCUAUUAGAUCUAUGCAAGGGUUUCCCUUUUACGAUAAACCAAUGCGAAUUCAAUACGCUAGACACGAUUCCGACCUUAUCUCUAAAAUGAAAGGUCAAUUCCAAGAGAGACCCAAGAAACCUAAGAAGAAUCCGGCUACGGCUGAAGAAAACAACGAGAAUAAGAAAAUGAAGAAGAAGGCUACUAAAGAACAAGUCAAACCUAACGCUAAUCAGAACGCUAACCAAUUUCGUCCUAACGCUAUGAAUCCACAAGCUGGAUUGUAUCAACAAAACAAUGUUGCCGAACAACCACCUAAUAUGAUAUUGUUCUUGACGAAUUUACCCGAAGAGACCAAUGAAAUGAUGUUAUCCAUGUUGUUUACCCAAUUCCCCGGAUUCAAAGAAGUUCGACUGGUUCCGAACAGACACGAUAUCGCGUUCGUUGAAUUCGAAAACGAAAUACAAGCUGGUCAGGCUAAAAAUGCGCUUAAUGGUUUUAAAAUCACACCAACGCAUGCGAUGAAAGUAUCAUUCGCUAAAAAGUAACUUAUUUUUGUCAAGUUGGCUUUUUAACGUGCAUGUAAAUUGUAUUUGUAACGUGUUAAUUUUAUUCUAUUUAAAAAGUAACAUUUGAAACGUAUUUUUUUUCAAAAAUUACUCUUUCAUCUUGAUCGCGAACCAUUUCCAAUAAUUCUAAAUGCUGCAAAAUGUUACUUUUUGAUUGUAUUUUUAUAUUCUCAUAUUUAAGGCGAAUAUUUUAAGUCCAUUCAAAAUAAAAAAGACGAUUCAGUU